GUGUGUUUCACUUUCAGCUGCCGUUUUCUGAGUAUGUCGCACGGGUAAUAAGUAGGCUAGCCAAAGUUAUGCUGUACUCUGGAAUCCAUCCGUAAUUGUUGAGGUAGAAGAAUGAGGCUCAGCCAUAGGAUGUCCUUUCUUGAAUGUCUGCUCUUCAGUGCUGUUUUCCUGCUGUCCCUCACAACAGCACAAGCUUCCAAAAGCACAUGGGAGCAUAGUCUUCACCUGGGAUAGUGGAGUGCAAUCUUCACUUUGGAUGGGGGGGAGCAGUACACGUUGUUCUAUUAUAUACAAAGUCUGGUGAUGAGAUAGAGGCAAGUUUGAGAAUAUUUCUGGAGUGGAGAGAUGCAGUUCAGGUCCUGAAGGUCCGACAGCCAAGAGCCAACUUUUUCCUGGAGGAAAUGCUACCAGGAAACCUGGAGCGCGAGUGUUAUGAGGAGACCUGCUCCCAGGAAGAAGCAGCUGAGAUCUUCCAAACUAAAGAGAAAACGAUGGAAUUUUGGUAUCGAUACAAAAAUCUGAACUCCUGUCAGAGAAACCCUUGUUUGAAUGGAGGGAUAUGUUCAGUUGACCAGCAUGACUUUUUGUGCCUCUGCCCACCUCGCUAUGACGGAAAGACAUGUGAGACAGAGGUGUUUGAGUGCCAGUACAAAAAUGGGGGGUGCCUGCAGUACUGCACUGACAUAGAGCGUACUACUGGUGUGAGGUGUAGCUGUGCUGAAGGAUAUCAUCUGCAGGAGGAUGGAAAGACCUGCAAGGAAGCAGUGCCAUUCCCCUGUGGGAAACGAUGGCAAGGGAAUUCUGUCCAGCGCUCUGUCCUGGAGGAUGUCUUCUUACAGAAUGAAACUCAACCAUUUCCAUCAACUUUUCCUGACUCUACGAAUCCAAAGAAAAUGUCCUUUCAUAAUUCUACCGAUCAGAAGUGUAAUUCCACCAGCAUUAGCUCCAGAGACAGCAUUGAAGAUGAGUUAUCAGAGGGAUUUGAUAUGAAAGCACGCAUUGUUGGAGGACAGCUUGAAAGACAGGGUGGGAGUCCAUGGCAGGUUCUUAUUCACAAGGAAGAUGGCUUUGGGUUCUGUGGCGGCACUCUGAUUAUGCCACGCUGGGUUAUUAGUGCGGCCCACUGCUUCCAGGAAACCCCUCAUCAUGUGACCAUUGGGGAAUUUGACAAGAUGCGACUAGACCAAGAUGAGCAGAUGAUCCGAGUUAAAAUUUUAAUAGUGCACCCUCACUUCCAUGAGUUUACAUUUGACAGCGACAUAGCCCUACUCUACUUGGCCAAGUCAGUGCAACUAGGGCCCUUUGCCACACCUGCAUGUCUUCCUAACACACACCUGGCACAACUGCUCCUUAAGGAGAAUAAAAUGGGCACUGUCACUGGGUGGGGGGCUACCCAGUACAUGGGAAGAUCUUCCCGUUUCUUGCGCAAGGUAGAGCUCCCAGUUGUGGAUCAGAAGAAGUGCAUUUUGUCCACUGACCAGGUGAUUACAGACAAUAUGUUCUGUGCUGGAUAUGAUGAAGUGCCCAUGGAUGCCUGCAGUGGUGAUAGUGGUGGUCCUUUUGUGUCCAAACACCAGGACACCUGGUACCUUACAGGUGUGGUAAGCUGGGGAGAAAUGUGUGCUGCCAAGGGCAAAUAUGGUGUUUACACCAAACUUGACAACUACCUCUCCUGGAUAAAAGACACAGUACUGCAGUAUGAGCAGAACAUUACUGAAAACUAAACUUGAAAUCUUAUAAAUGUUAUUUUGUGUUUUUAUGAAAAUUACAGAGGAAUGUAUAAUGAAUGUGUGGCCAAUAUGAAGUGAGUAAAAGUGAGAUUUGUGGUACUUUCUGGUAACUGGUAAUUCCUUAAUUGUUUAAAUAAGACUAGCUUUACAUCAAACGGAAUUAACUGGCUGAACAGCUUAAUUCAAGGGUUAACAUAAAAUGACUUUGAAUGUUAGUUUGCCUUACCACAAAACAGAGACAGUUUUGUGGUGUUAUAAGAACACAAGUUGACCAAGAACAAAGGGAUGCCUUAAUAAAUAUGAAUACAUGGCCAUGUAUUGCUGUUUAAUGCAUUGAUCAAUCAUCAGCAGCAGAGGUGGAGAUUUCAGGUCCAGAGAGUACAAAUCCAGACCAGGAUUUUGUCAAUUGGUAAUUUCAAAUUUUUGGUCUGUUUCAAGGUCCCUGUCUUAGCAUAUUGCCAUAGUAAAUAGUAAAUGUUUAAAGCUUACCAGAGAUAUGUUACACCUCCCCCUUGCUUAACAAAAGUCAUAGAUGUAUGUAUUCAAAGCCCCUGAAUCUGCCAGAUUCAGCCCCAUGUGCUCUGGAUUAUGUGAUAUAUGUAGAUAACAACCAAGAGUGUUAAAUGAGUAAGAUUUUUUUGCCUUUUGUCUCUCCCAGCUCCUGGCUGAAUACUGAAAUAUGCCUAAUGCAUAAACAUAUACUGUAUAAAGUAAU